GUGCAGACUGAUCAGCGUGCAGAGACUCACAUCGCUCAUCGAUACUGAUUAAUACACACAGGAAUAAACCGCCUGCAGGUUUCACAUCUGCACCGACGCAACACCGGGAGCAUCCUCCGGUUGACCGGGAAGCCUCUGAGUGUCUGCAGGAGGAGAUGUACCGGGGUCGGCCUGCACCGAGAGGAGGCUACCCGCCGCCUCCUGAAGGCCGCGGCCCCCCUCCGCCCAGGCCUUACCUCGGACCGGGCUACAGGGACGACCGGAGCCGGCCCAGGCCUCCGUACCACCCGGGGUACCACGACCACGGAGGCCCGGACUACCGGCGCUCUCCGCCCCGCAGGAGAUAUCCGUCCCCCGGGGCGGGAGGCCACCGGGCCGGGGAGUACUGGCCCGGAGCUCCGCAGAGAGAGAGAUCUCCGUCGCCUCGAGGACAGCUUCCCCUCGACCACAACCUGGUCAUCACCGUCGGCAACGAGCUGACCGGACCGUCAGGCUCCGCCCCCCCACGCCACCAUGAGAGAGAUUAUCAUCUUCGGCCUGAAUACGAGCGCAGCCGCAGUCGGGGCCGCAGUCGCCCUCGCAGCCGCAGUCGAGAGCGAAGUCCGGACCGGAGCCGGGCUAAAAGCCGGCCGCGCAGCAAGAGCCGGAGUCCGGACCGGAGCCGGGCCAAGAGCCGGGGCCGCAGCAAGAGCCGUCCGAGGAGCAAGAGCCGGCCGCGCAGCCAGAGCCGCAGUCCGGACCGGAGCCGGGCCAAGAGCCGGGGCCGCAGCAAGAGCCGCCCUCGCAGCAAGUCCAGGUCCAGGUCCAGAGGCCGAAGCCGGGGGAGGAGCUACAGCAAAGCAGCGAGCCACGGCCGCAGUAAGAGCCGCAAGAGGAGCCGCAGUAGCAGCAGCUCCAGCUCCAGCAGCCGCAGCAAUGACAGCAAGUCCAGGAAGGAGUUCAGAGAGCUGGACUCGGCCCGCCGCAGGAAGGAGCUGGAAGAGAUGCUGAGUCAGCCGACCAAAUCCAUCCUGAAGAAACGCAACGACUCCGAGGACUCACCGUCUGUCCGGAGCUCAGACUCUCCUCGAGGUCUUCAGGGCUCCAACAUGUCUCGCGUGGCCGAUCAGCUGCUGCAUGCGAUGAGGGUUGAGCCUCACACGGUGGCGUCCAUGCUGUCCGAGCUACGAUCCGACCCGCAGAUGGCUCAGCGCGUUGGCCUCGACGCAGAGAUCAAAGAGAUCCUGAACCUGCUGGGGCCGAUGGCGGCUGAAGGGGCCAAACCUCCAGAGAAGACGGUGGACGACAUCGACGACGAGGAGCGCUUCUUGUACGGAGACGCAGAGGAACCCAAAGCGCCGGCGCCGAGCGAGCCGCUGCGAAAUCCCACGAUGGACAUGUACGCAGAAGUGACGGAGGAGUCGCUGUACGGAGAAUACACGCAGCAGAAAGCCGCCCUCGCUCAGGCAUAUGGCCUCCCCCCAGGUGUCCCGCCACACCUUCAGGCCCCCCCCGCCAGAGGGGAGGUAGACAUGAGGUACGCAGGUCGGUCCGCCAUCACCCCCGACCAGAACAUCACGGUCCAGGUGUCGAACCCUGCCUACCCGCCGGGGACGGAGCCGCUGGAGGAGAGCGAGCGGCAGGCGGUGGAGGAGUACGAGAAGAUCCAGGACCUGCUGCAGACCAUCGGCCUGGACCUGGGCGUGGUCGAGAUCAGCAAGAUGGCCGCCAGGACCAAGGAGCGACUCCACGGAAACAAGCCGCCUCCUAAGACUCCCACGCGGCGCCAGCGGUACUCUUCCGGCAGUUCUGACGGCAGCCGGCACAGUCGCGGGCGACGGAGGCGGAGCCGCAGCGGCAGCUCCAGCAGCAGCAGCAGCCGCAGCCGCGCUGGCAGCUGGAGCAGCGACGACAGCCGCAGGAAGAGCAGCGCCGCAGCCCCAUCUAGAGACACGAAGAGUGGAGCUGUGCCGCCGCCUUACAAAGAGCUGCCACCACAAAACCUACCCCCCCAAGAACCCAACCCCACCCCCCCCCACAGCGGGGUGCCCAUCCCCACAUACCCCCCCUCACAGGUGCAUGGCAUGAUGGCGCCCAACUUCCCUCCGCCGGGCUACAACCAGUACGGGAACUACAUGCCAUACAUGCACCAGCAGUGGCCGCCCAUGUACCCGCCCCCCAGCAUGACCUUGCCCCCCCAGACCCCUCCAGACGACUUCCCCCCCACCAUGCCGUACAAACCGCCAUACAACAAGCACACCCCCGAGCUCGGAGUCAAAGGUAUGAAGAGUUCAGACGCUGAGAAGGGAAACUGUAAAGUGAGCAGCCACGAGAGGAGAGUGUCCGAAGAGCAAAACAACGAGAGCCAGAAACAAAAGGUUCUGGAGGAACGAGAGAAGCUGAAACAGGACCGAGAGGUGAGGAUGAAGAAGAAGGAGUAUCUGAUGAAGGAGCUGGAGAGACUCAGGAAGCAGCAGGGCGAGCUGCUGAGGAAGAAGCGACGUGAGAAGGACGGCCACAAAGAUCCUCUCCUGCAGAAGAUCAGCCUGCUGCAGGAAGACGUCAUGACGCAGAUCUCCAACCUGCGCAAAGAGCACGAGACCGCCGAGAAGAAACGCAGCGAGAUCGACAAGGUGGCGCUCAUCCUGGGCCUGUCUCCUUCCGACCGGCCGCGCAGGAGCAUCAAGCCAGCCGAGGAGCAGGACGACGAGCCGAUGCCGCCAACGACGCCCACGAAGAUUAAACAGGAGGAAGAGAGAAGUCCUGAGGGGCGACCGGCAGCCGGCGGCAUAAAGCAGAGCUCAUCGGCACCUUCAGCGUCAUCAUCAUCGUCGUCGUUGCCAUCACGAGCUUCGCCGGACAAGCCGCCUGUCGCCGGCCCGGCGCCGCCACAGACUCCGCCCCAUCAGCCGUUUGAAUACUAUGACGCUGGAAACCACUGGUGCAAAAACUGUAACCUCACCUCUGGUUCCAUGUUUGAUUUUUUCACGCACUUGCACAGCAAAAUACACCGAAAGACGCUUGACCCGUACGACCGACCCUGGGCCUCCACUCCCACCAAGAUCACCAAGAACAUGCCAUCAGAGGAGAAGCUGACGAAGCCAGCCAAAGGUUCAGAGUUCCUGCUGCCCGUCAGAGGAUUCUUCUGCCUGCUGUGUAAACAGUUUUACGGAGACGCCAUCUGUGCAGAAGAGCACGUCACCACUCACUGUCACAAUGAGAAGUACAAGAAACAAAUGUAUGAGAAUCCGCUGUACGAACAGAGGAGGAACCUGGAUCGCCAGGCAGGACUGGCCAUCGAGACGAGCGGAAAGAAACGCAAACAUGAGGAUGAAGAGAAAGAGAAAGGCAAAGACAAGGAGGAAAAGAGCAAACACAAAAAGGAGAAAAAGGACAAAGAGAAAAAGAAGGAAGAAGAUGACGAUGGUCGGAAAGAGGAGAAAUUUAAAGAUAAAAAGGUGGAAGAGGAGGAAAAGCUGAAACUGAAGAAGGAAGAGGAGUUUAAAAAUGGCAAGAAAAAGGAUGAGGAGAGUCCUUAUAGUAAGAAAGAUGAGGAUGAAAAAUAUAAAUACAACAAGAAGGAUGAUAAAUACCGGUAUAGCCGGGAGGAAGAGGAGAGGACUAAAUUCGGCAGGAGAGAUGAGGAAGACCGAUACAAAUACAACAAAGAAGAAGAGUAUCGAUACCGGUAUCGCAGAGAGGAAGAAGACAGAUACGACAACCGGCCAAGAUACGGGCCGCGAGAAGACGACGACAAGUAUAAAUAUGGUAAAUAUUCAGAUACUAGGUCCAAGUAUGACAGGGAGCGAGAUGAAGGGAAAGGGAAGGCUGAGAAGGAAACUGUUAAAAAGCCUGAGCCUCUGAAACCAGAGGUCAGCAAGCAACCUGAACUUCCUUCAAAGCUAUUCGACCCCCCCAAAGUCCUCUGUGGACCCAGUCCGGCCAUGAGGGCAAAGCUCCGCAAGCAGAGCCUGGAGGCCGGCAAACCGCCAGUGCCCACAACUCCCUCGUUUGGAAAAUUCACGUGGAAGAAGAAGGAGAACGUGUUGGCGAAGGAGGCGGAGAAAGUGGCGGCUGAGUUCUUGAAGGAUGACGAAGCUGCUGCGAAGGUGAAGUCGGUCUCAGCCGAAGAUUCUUUUGCGAAGUCGGUGGCCGUCGCUAAGGAGAUAGCCGAGAAGCUGUCGAGCCAGAGCAGCAUGCCCGUUCCCUGGGUGUCGCCUGGCGCCAGCAGGGGGAGAAUCAGGCCCAACCUUCCUGCACCUGCUGCAGUCCAGAGGAAAACCGCCAUGAUGGGCAGACCUGCACCUCUCAAUGACUUUCUCUCCAUAAGACCCCAAAACACAGGGGCACUAGGACCUCCUCCCAAAGACUGCCCAGCAGACUACCCUGAUCCUCUCACGAAGGCUCUAAAUGCCCAGAAUGCAAUGCUGGAAAAUAAACCUGUACUGCCGGAUGGUAGACUUGGACCAUUGGAGUGUAUCCCUGCACCACCGGUGUCUAAACCUGAGCCAUGUGAGGCUAAACCUGUACCACCGGUGUCUAAACUUGUACCACCGGUGUCUAAACUUGUACCACCGGUCUCUCAACCUGCCCCACCAGGGUCUCAACCUGCCCCACCAGGAUCUCAACCUGCCCCACCAGGGUCUCAACCUGUACCACCGGUGUCUAAACUUGUACCACCGGUGUCUAAACUUGUACCACCGGUGUCUAAACUUGUACCACCGGUCUCUCAACCUGCCCCACCAGGGUCUCAACCUGCCCCACCAGGAUCUCAACCUGCCCCACCAGGGUCUCAACCUGCCCCACCGGUGUCUAAACCUGCCCCCCCAGUGUUUAAACCUGCCCCAGUGGAGGUUAAACCUGCCCCAGUGGAGGCUGCCCCUGCUCCACCUGAACCAAAACCUGCACCAUCAGCAAUGAUAAAGAUCGUGUCUGACGUGGCAGCUCCCGGAGUCCCAGAGAGCGAGCAGACACGUACAGUGUUCGUCAAGCCCCCACCUUUCAUGACUAUGAGUGAAGGAAUUCAGAGGUCUGAGAAAGUGAAGAGGAACCUGGCUGCAGCCAAAGCCCAGGACUUAUUCGGCAUCUUCUACAGCAGCACAAGCCAAUCGGCCACUUCCUCCAUCACCAAACCAGUAACAACAGACGCCAGCCAAUCAGCCACUUCCUCCAUCACCAAACCAGUAACAAUAGACGCCAGCCAAUCAGGCACUUCCUCCAUCACCAAACCAGUAACAAUAGACACCAGCCAAUCAGGCACUUCCUCCAUCACCAAACCAGUAGCGGCAGAUACCAGAACUGAUUGGAGUGUCACCAAUAAAAGUACAGUUGUACCCCAGCAAGCACCAAAACCACAACCUCAGCCCCAGCCUAAAUCUCAGCCCCAACCUCCAACUGAGGUUCGUACAUUUCCAUGUCCACAAAUCCCGUCAAAAUUAGACAUUCAGAUAGCAUCAGUUUGGUCCAUGCAUUCUGCCCCAGCUCCAACCUCUGAGGUGGCUCCAAUUAAAACCACUCCACAAACUUCCACUCCAUCUGAGGCUCAGAGUGUUCCUCAGAACCAGUCCCAGACUCUUCAACUUGAGUCCCAAAUCGCCCCACAAACCGAGCCUGCCAUGCUCGAACCCACAUCAAAAAUGCAGCCCAACGUGGUUCCUCAAAUUAAGCCGGAACCACAAUCUGAACCUCAACUAGAGCAGGACACUCAGUCCCAUUCCCUUCCAGAGACCCUCCUUGACACACAACAACUAACCGAAUCCGAGUCCAAGCCAGGACCCAAAACUAGAGGCAAAAUGACUCCUACAAAGAAAACCUCUCCUGCCUCCCGCCCUGUCCGACAAACCCGAUCCCAAACCAGAUACCAGACCCGGCGGCAGCAAGCCCAGCAGGACCAGUCCGAACCAGAACCUGAGCUGGCUUCAGGAGACUGUGACUUGGAUCCAAAGGGGUUAGAGCCGUCAGAGCCUAGAGACGGCUCAGAGUCGCUUCUAGAGGAGGUGAAACCCAGCGAGGAUGACUCUGAACUCAUGGAAAUCACACCUGAGACCCUCGGACUCCCCUCAGACAUGACGUCUCUGAGCUUUGACUAUGACUUCAACUUUGAGUAGGAGCAGACUAGACUCUGACUCUGAGAGGUUAUAUUUGCAGGAGUCACAGACAUUUAUUAAUAAUGGUCUUGAAGGCAGCUGGAAGUUACAACACACUUGACAUGAUGGACUUGAUAUUUUCAAUACUUUGAAAGAGAGUCUGAUAAGAAGAUGGAUAUCAGUUUGAUCUGUGUUGGUCCAGGAUGUGUCGAACCCUGCUCAUCACACAGACGUUUACUUUUAUUAACAUCACAAAAUUCUCUGUUAGGACAAACACCUGCAACAAAUAACUGAUAAAGUUAAUACGUUCAUACCAAAGACCUCCAGAAGAUACACAUUUAUUUUGAGUAACUUGUUCAUUCGUUACAGAUUACUGUAUCAAACUAACAAAGCAGAAUAAAACUGUACUGUAGUAGUUUAUAAUAAUCUAACUAUUCUCCUCAUGAAAGCCUUUCACAUCCUGUAGUGCAGUUUUAAUUAUUUAGGGCUAAUUAAGGGAAAUCUGAUCAAAUCUGAAGUAUGACUCGUACUUCAGAUUUAGUGUUCUGUAUUUUGUGUCUCUCAGCUCAGAGCUCAUCGGUUUCUACAGAACACGUAAAUCUUUAGAAGCUCCUCACAAAUAUGGAUAAUUUAAUUUUUAAACUAACUGCACCUGAAAGCAGAGUCGCCACUCGGGUCAAACACGUCGUAUGAAUUCGACCAUUAAAUAAUUCCUGCAAAUAAAGUUCAGAGAGGAAUUUAAAGUUCUUUCUUUCUUUUCUGCUGCCGAUGUCUCACCGCUUAUUGCUUCCUAUUGAAUACUUUAAAACCAACAACUAAUGUCCUGUUUAAAAAGGUUUCUACGACGAUUAAAAGGACACGAAAGUAGAAAAACUCAUUUACAAUUUUCGGUCUUCAACUUUCAAUCUUUGCUGGAUAAUGUUUAAGUUUUUAAAUAAAUGACUUUUUGCUUGAGUUGGUUAUAAUCACAAAACAACUUCUGUAGAUUUAAACGGUUUAUGUUAACAUUUUUUUGUACUUGUUUUACUUGUUUGGAUAAAUUCAUUCAUUGUUUGGUUUCAGCCUCUUUUGGGGGAAUUUCAGUUAAUCAUAAAAAUAUAGAAUAAUGCACAAAGAUGAAACUGAUAUCUGUCUCGUUAUCGGACUCCAGAGAAGACUGAACGAGAGGAUUUCUUAAAAGCUUUGGACUGUUCCUUUUAAAGAUCACAGUACUAUUUGUGUGGCACCUUUCCACUGUUCCUCCUGAAGGUAACGUACUGUACACUGUUGUUCUUCUUGUUUUCUAUUCCAGUUCAGACUCGCGUUGUUUUCCUUUGUUCAUUGUUUUCCUCAAAGUGUUUUUGAGUUUUUUUAAAGUUCUAUGCCGAUAAAAUAAAAUUGUCAUGGACCAACGAGCACUCGGUUAGUUAGAAAGCAGCUGAUUCAGGAUCUGGUUCCUAUAAAACUGCGUCAGGAUUCAUCCCUUCUUCUUCUUUGUGUUUAAUUAUCUUCUCCUGAGAUCAGUGUCACUGUGGUCGCAGUAGAAACCAGCUGCUUGUCCUGUAAAAUUUGUUGCUUUAAGUAGAGUUUUAAUAAAAGCUAGUGAGGAAAUAAACAGCAGGUCUGUGUGUGGUGAUCAUUAUUAUGUGUAACAGUCUGAUUAUUGAAGUCCUGAUGUGAAUUCAGGCUUAAAUAAAGUCAUUUUUCUGCUUCUACACACUUUAGAUCCAUCAGAGUUAACAGUGAACCUGGACACUAAUAAUUAGUCCUUUAAGGUCUCAAAAUUUCAGGUUUUGAGCUACUUAAAGUCUGUGUAAAGUAAGAAUAAAUAUGUGUUCUGAGUUUGACAAACCACAGAAAAGUGUGUUGUUAACCACCCUGCCAAAUUUGAUGAUUAAAAAAAUCGCCAAAUAUAUGAAAUUAGUCUUCAAAGUUGUGUAAAAAUCAGCCUAUUUCUCUGCUCCCAAACGCUGUGGGAGUGGCCG